CUGGAAUCCAAUCGGACUAAAUUUAAAGUGAAAACUGUGAAAUCUUCUUGUUGCGCUCGAGACGGCUGAGUCAAACAAAUUGGAGAAGCGAAUCAAGAAGCCCACGAAUUGGAAAUUGUUCAAUCCAAGGGGCAAAUAUUUCGGUUCGAUUGGGCUCAGCAUCUUGUGCAUUUCAUACUGAAAGAGCUAUGAAUUUUGUUAGCUCUGCCAUCGGUAGCCAACCUUCUGUGAUGGCACUGUCUUUCGGAAGGACUCAUGUCGUCAAGCCAAAAGGGAGACACCAAGCAACGAUAGUUUGGCUACAUGGCCUUGGUGAUAAUGGUUCGAGCUGGGCGCAGCUCUUGGAAGGUCUUCCUCUUCCCAAUAUAAAGUGGAUUUGCCCAACUGCGCCAACCCGUCCGGUGUCUUUAUUUGGUGGAUUUCCCAGCACUGCUUGGUUUGAUGUUAAGGAUUUGACGGAGGAUGCACCUGAUGAUUUAGUUGGAUUGGAUGCAGCAGCAGCACACGUUGCAAAUCUAUUGUCGACUGAACCUACUGACAUUAAACUUGGAGUCGGAGGAUUUAGUAUGGGCGCUGCGGCUGCUCUUUACUCGGCUACUUGCCACAUUUUCGGUCAGUACAGUAACAGAAACCCGUACAAUGUUAACUUCAGCGCUGUCGUCGGUCUUAGUGGAUGGCUCCCAUGUGCUAGGAUGCUGAUGUCCCGAAUGGCAGAAAUAAACGAGUCUUCUGCUCGCGCAGCUUCUUUUCCAGUUUUGCUCUGUCACGGCAAAGCGGAUGAUGUCGUGGCUUAUAAACAUGGAGAUAAAUCGGCGCAAGCCCUUAAAUCUGCUGGAUUUCAAAACGUUACGUUCAAAUCAUACAAUAGGCUUGGGCAUUACACUAUUCCGGAGGAGACGGAUGAAGUCUGCAGGUGGCUAACCGAGAAACUCGGGCUCGAGGGAUCGUCGUCAUGAUCGGGACUGGAUUGGAUUGGUUGCUGUAAGAAUCGUCGAAUGAUUUGAUGAGGUUGUUGAGAUUCCAUGGAACUUAUUCCAUGAUUCUUCUUCUUCUUCUUCUUCUUCUUCUUCUGCCUGAGAUGAGAUACAGAAAUUGAACUCCUAAGUUGUUGAUUUUGCCAUUUCUAUAACGCUGCUGUAUUACUAUUGUUAUGAUUAUGAUUGUUAUUGUUAUGA